GCGAGGACGGCGAUUGCUGCGGACAGCCUUGAGAAGGCCCCCGGUUCAUGUGGUACUGGCGGCCGGAACCGAGGCCUCCAGAUAGACGUAAUGAAGCCCAGACCCGCAGCGUUCGUGGAUAAUAAACUGAAGCAGCGAAUCAUCCAGUACCUCACCAGUAAUAGAUGUGGCAAAUAUGUGGACACUGGAAUCUUAGCAUCUGAUUUGCAAAGAAUAUACAGUAUAGACUAUGGUCGAAGAAAAAGAAAUGCUUUUAGGAUUCAGGUAGAAAAAGUAUUCAGCAUAAUCAGUAAUGAGAAAGAAGUGAAGAAUCUGGCAGAAUUAGAAGAUGAACAUCUGGCAAAAAGAGCAAGGCAAGGUGAAGAGGAUAAUGAGUAUACUGAAAGCUAUUCUGAAGAUGAUUCAAUUGUGGAAGAUUACCCAGAUCCACAGUCAGCAAAUCACAUGAACAGUUCGCUGCUCUCUUUAUAUCGGAAAGGAAAUCCUGAUUCUGUCUCAAAUACUCUGGAGGUGGAGCAAAGAGAAACUACUGCUUCAGCACCACGACUAACUAAAACAAGUUCCAUUCCUUUGAAGACUCCUGCAAGAGAAUCUGAGGGAGGAUGGUUUAUUGAUACAACCCCAUAUGGAAAAAGAGACAGUUUUUUCUUGGACCUAUCAGAUAAUAAAAGUAACCAUAAGAAGCCAGUAUCUGAUAUCCAGGAUUCAAAAGAGUCUUCUUUUCUGGAGAGUGAUAAUAAAAGGAAGGGUAGGCUAAAAGGCAAAGGAAACAAAAGAAAGAAGGAAGAUCUUCAGGAAGCGGAUGGAGAAAUAGAAGCUGUCCUGCAAAAGAAAGCCAAAGCCAGGGCACUAGAACUGCAGAUAUCCAGUGUGAAGUUUGAAGAUGUUGGAGGCAAUGAUACUACAUUAAAAGAGGUCUGCAAGAUGCUCAUUCACAUGCGUCAUCCAGAAGUGUACCAGCACUUGGGUGUUGUGCCCCCACGUGGAGUUCUUCUUCAUGGACCACCAGGCUGUGGGAAGACAUUGCUUGCACAUGCAAUUGCUGGGGAACUUGACCUGCCAAUUUUGAAAGUAGCUGCUCCAGAGAUUGUGUCGGGAGUUUCUGGGGAGUCCGAGCAGAAGCUCAGAGAUUUAUUUGAGCAAGCUGUGUCAAAUGCACCCUGUAUUGUUUUCAUCGAUGAAAUUGAUGCUAUUACUCCCAAAAGAGAAGUUGCUUCAAAAGAUAUGGAACGAAGAAUUGUAGCCCAGCUCCUAACCUGCAUGGAUGAUUUGAAUAACGUGGCUGCUACAGCUCAAGUCCUGGUUAUUGGAGCUACUAAUCGACCAGAUUCGUUAGACCCUGCUUUGAGACGUGCAGGAAGGUUCGACCGAGAAAUAUGCUUAGGUAUCCCUGAUGAAGCAUCCAGAGAAAGGAUACUUCAAACUUUGUGCCGAAAACUAAGACUUCCUGAGACUUUUAACUUUUGUCACUUAGCACACUUAACGCCAGGCUUUGUUGGUGCUGAUCUGAUGGCACUCUGCCGAGAGGCAGCUAUGUGUGCAGUCAACAGGGUCUUGAUGAAGCUACAUGAACAGCAGAAGAAAGAUCCUGAGAUUGAAUGUUUGUCAUCUGAAGGAGGCCAAGAAGAAAGAUUGGGAACUGAACCCAUAUCUGAAACUCAGGAUGACUUGCAAAGGCUUCUGGGGUUAUUAAGAGACCAAGAUCCCCUUUCAAAGGAGCAGAUGCAAGGACUGUGCAUUGAAUUGAAUGAUUUCAUUGUGGCUCUAGCUUCAGUCCAACCCUCUGCCAAAAGAGAAGGCUUUGUCACUGUCCCAAAUGUGACAUGGGCAGAUAUUGGUGCCCUAGAAGAUAUUAGAGAAGAGCUCACGAUGGCAAUAUUGGCACCAGUACGUAACCCAGACCAGUUCAAAGCUCUUGGAUUGGUGACUCCAGCAGGAGUCCUUCUUGCUGGUCCUCCUGGCUGUGGGAAAACUCUGCUGGCAAAGGCUGUGGCAAAUGAGUCUGGACUGAAUUUUAUAUCAGUCAAAGGCCCUGAAUUACUAAAUAUGUAUGUUGGUGAGAGUGAACGUGCUGUACGACAGGUUUUUCAGCGUGCUAAGAACUCAGCACCCUGUGUGAUAUUCUUUGAUGAAGUAGAUGCUUUAUGUCCUCGAAGAUCAGACCAAGAGACAGGUGCAAGUGUUCGGGUGGUGAAUCAGCUGCUUACAGAGAUGGAUGGUCUGGAAGCACGUCAGCAGGUUUUUAUUAUGGCAGCCACUAAUAGGCCAGAUAUCAUCGACCCUGCCAUUCUGCGCCCAGGUCGGCUGGACAAAACACUCUUUGUGGGUAUGCCACCCCCAGCAGACCGUCUUGCCAUCUUAAAAACUAUCACAAAAAAUGGCACCAAACCUCCCCUGGAUGCAGAUGUAAAUUUGGAAGCAAUUGCUGGUGAUCUUCGCUGUGAUUGCUAUACGGGUGCAGAUCUCUCUGCUUUGGUACGAGAAGCUUCUCUGUGUGCCCUGAGACAGGAAAUGGCAAGACAGAAGAGUGGAAAUGGAAAAUGUGAGCUCAAGAUUAAUCAUACACACUUUGAAGAAGCUUUCAAGAAAGUGAAACCAUCUAUAUCAGUAAAGGAUCAAAUGAUGUAUGAAGCUCUUCAUCGCUCCCUCAGCCGGUGACAUAUUAAGCAGUUGCUUGGAGGAGUCCAGACAUCAAGCUAGCAGAGAAAAAUACCUGCUCUGAAGUACCCACUUUCAGUUUGACCCAGAUGUGGUCUCAUGUAAGCAUUUUUCAAAUUAAUGAACUGAAGCUAGAGCUGAAGAUUCUUCUCAUCUGUUCCAAUCUUGUGGGAAUAUUCUCUAUUUUCUCUUUAAGACAAAGAAAUUUUUUUAAAACUGCCAAAAUAAAACUUUAUUCAAAUGAAAUUUUUAUUUUGAAUCAGUAUACCCAAAAGCUACACAUUUUUUCCCCCGAAAUCCCUGAAAGUACGUGUCCAGCCCAUGCCCCUCCUCGUCAAGUACAUUCAUGUAGACUUCCUAACCACUAGGAUAUUUUACAUAACCAACCAUCAAAAUCAGGAUAUUAGCAUUAGCAGUUUGCUGCCAUCUAAUCUUCAGGCCCUACUCAAGUUUCUCUAGCUAUCUGAGUGAGUUGUUGAGUCUCUCUGGUCUUAUAAUGUGGAAGCAUUCCUCUACCUUGACAUUUGCAUACACACACACCCCCCACAUACCUAUUUUCUUUAUUUGGACUUCAUACAUUUUAAGCACAUGCUCCAUCACUGACCUAGAAGUGGAUGCCCAUGUUAUGUUACAGACAGACUUUCAAGACCAAGGUAAAUGUCAGGAUGGGAAAAGUAAGUGGACUUUCAGGAGCUUCUCUCCACUUUCAUCUGCACAGCGGCUCUUCUCCCACAUCCUCCUCCCACAUCCAUCCAGUGGAGAGCUUCAGUGCUUCUCUUAUUGUCUUCAGACACUGAUUAUUUAGAAAUGUUCCUGAAAUCCAUCCCAUUGGUUCUCACAGCACCACCCUAACAUAGGCUGUCAUUACCUUUCAAGAUUCCUGCUGUGGCUCUCAGGAGGUGAGGUAGGAGGAUUGCCAGGAGGCCAGCUUCAGUAACUUAGCAAGGCCUUAAGCAACUUAAUGAGACUCUGUUUCAAAAUUAAAAAAGGUGUGGAUGUAGCUCAAUAGUAGAGCACCUCUGGGUUCAAUCCCCAGUAACAAAAGGGGUGGGGGACAGUAUUAGUGUACUCUGAUAAUGGGGUGUUCUGGUCCUCUGAAUUCUAAGAGUAACCUACCAGAUACCCACACAGGCCUAAGUGAGGAUUUGGUUAUUUUAGGUACUUUAAAAUAGACAAAAGCAGCCUUGAAGUUCCUGAAAAGGAACUUAGGCACCUAUUAUUACUGAGACCCAUAUAUCAGAGGUAUUAACCUAUAGCAUGCCUAAAGUUAGUGGGAGUAUGUUGUUUAGCUGUAUGAUCUGUAAAAUUGACAAUAGAAGCAAGAACCUGGAAUCAAGUGAGACUGAAGGACUUAUUAAAUUUUUCCUUCUAUUUUCAUGGAACUCAGGCCUAAUGUCCAGAUCCUUAGCCUAGAAACUUUUGCUGCACCAAAUUCCCCUUUUUUGCAUCUGCACUGCAAAGCCCAGGUUUUCCAUUUCUAUCUUUCUACUCUUACCCAAGAGUAGGGAAGUGCUAACCUAAAGUUAACUCUUGACUCACCUAAUUUUCGGCCCUUCCUUCUUUUCUGAGAAUUCAUUCAUUUUGAUGGGUUCUGUGGAGUCAACAGGCCCUUAGAAAAGUGGUCUGAAGUAGUUGAAGCCCUCCAUCCAGGGCAUACAGGUAGCCUCAUCUAUCUACCUCCUUCCACCAUCCCCAGGAAACUAUGGGAGGAAGUGCCUCCACUAAAAUGAGAAAGUCAGUGAAGGGAAAAGAAAGACAUCUCCAGAGAGAUGAGAUGAUAAGGAAGCUUGACAGAGGAUAGCAGUAUUUUCCCCAGAGGACCGCCAUUCCAGUCUGUGCUGUCUCAGGAGACAGACUCAUUUAAGAUUAUGACCACGGAGGAUCCAACUGCUUUGGUAUUUGAAGACAAAAUGCCCAGGUGUACCAAGUCCACUACAUACCCUGCUUCUCAAGAGUACCUGGGGACAUUGAUAUUCCUUCCAGGCAAAAAAUCCACAGUGGCCACUGCCCUUUGACCACAUUUUUGCUGGAUAAGCAAUACCUCAUCACACCCUCGCUGUUGGCACUCCCAGAAGGUCUCCAGAGACAUGAGAAGAGCUGAAGCCCGCACCUGUGCUCAGCUCGUCUUCUGGGAGCUUGUACCUAGUGGGAGCAUAAUUGCCCUUCCUUGACCAAGCCAGGUCUGUGAUUGCUGCUCAGCUUCUCAAAACUCAACAGUGUUUUUGAAGAUUUGCUUAUAAGGAAGAUAAUUAAGAAGAAAUGCAAGAAAGUAACAUCUGGAUAGUGGUCACUUGUGGUGAGUAGGAAGAGGCAUGUGAUUUUUUUUUUAAAAAUGAUUGUUCUUGAGGCUGAGGUUGUAGCCUAGUGGUAGAGUGCUUACCUAGCAUGUGUGAGGCACUGGUUCGAUCCUCAGCACCACAUAAAGAUAAAUAAAGGUAUAAAAAAUACAAUAACAUUUAAAGAAAUGUUCUUUUUCUGAACCUGUGGUAGGCAAAUGGGGUUUACUUCUCUAAGCUGUACAUUUGUAUUUUGUACUCUUUUUUUGUAUUUAUGUCUCACAAUAAAAGCAAUUUUUAAAAGUUGAAUAUUGCUUUUGGAAGAAUAAAUACAAAUAAUUAUUUCUACUGAAAUAAUUGGCUGAGGCAGAAGUGAUUCAAUUGAUCUGUAGAUGGUUUCAUGUGAGCCUCUGACAGCUUUAGCUCAGCUCAACUAGCAGAAAGCAAUCAUCAGUCCUGUAAGCCUUGGAUUUCUGCCACUGUUGACUCACUGAGCAAAUGAAUUUGCCUUCAGGAAUAUGUGCAGUUUAGUCAGGCAUGGCACACACCUUGGAGGCCGAGGCAAGAGGAUCACAAGUUUGAGGCCAGCCUCAGUAAUUUAGCAAGACCCUGUCUUAAUUAAAAGAAAAAGAGAGAGAGAGAAAGAAAGAAAAAGAGGUCUGAAGAUGUAGCUCAGUGGUAAUGUAUCCCCUGGAUUCAAUCCUCAGUACUCCAGCCCCCACCCCCAAGUGCAGUUCAGACAAGCAUUUGUGCUCACCUCAAUUUCAAUAUGAAAUACAUUUGGUAAAUGUAAGAAGUACAAAAGAAAAACUAAAAACUGAUACCUUUUGUCCCCAUGCUUUGCAUGUUUCCUUCUUCCCCUGUAAUCAAGUCCAAUUAGCUGGCUGUUUGAUGAGUCAGCACACUAAGAAUUUCUUCUGUGUUAGUCACAUAAAUUGCCUCAGCAUGUACAGUCUAUAUAUAUGUAUGUAAUAUAUACACACAUGUACAUAUGUGUGGCUAUUAGGAAAUGGUAAAACUUGUAAGAUGUGGGCCUACCUGGAAAAAGUCAGAUAUAGGGGAGGUCCUUAAAAGGGAUUGUGGGAUCCUACCCUUUCCUCUUUACUUUCAUAUCAGCCAUGGAGUGAAUGGAUGUAUGUCAACUCAACCUAUGAUGUACUGAGCCUCCACAGACUGAAAGCAACAGGGCAAAACAAGCAAAAAAACUACCUUUCCUCUUUUCAAAUUGCUAUAUCUUAGGUAUUUGUUAUACUAUUAAGGAAUGGAAUCCCUUUUGUAUGUUGUAUGCUCUACCCUGAUACAGUAAGAAUAGAAUAUUUAUUCACAAGGUGGUCAAAUGUUAGAAGAUGGUAGUCCCAGGUUUCCAAAACACCUCCCAAGGAUACAGUUUCAGGUAUUUGUGAUAUAAAGCAGCAGGGUGGUCUGAGUUGUGGAGAGAAAUGAUUGGCAAUAGGGGAAAGUGAUGUAAUCAGUGUUCUGCAUAUGAGUAAUCAAGUGUGGGCAUCUUCCUAGGACACAUCCACAGAAAAUGGUGUGUUUAUGUGCUUUCAGGGUGGAAUAUUCAGUUUCUAACUUCAAAAGUGACCCUUUGGACACCUGUGUGAGAGGAGCCAAGAACUUGAAUGCUGGGCAGUGAGUGGCAAGGUCCCACCAGGGAGAUGUCUCCAGUACAGUGAGGAGGACAGAGCUGCAGUUAUAGACCACCAUGCUGGCCUGUGACAGGCUUGAAAGGAAGGUCAGGGAGCUGCACGUCACCCUUGCACAAGUUGAGUGUGGAAAGAGCUUGGGGAGUUGACUGCACAACCCGUGAUACACUCUCACCCUUGCUGAGAGCCAUGGCUGGCCUGCUGCCCUUAUUCCUGGGAAUGAUGGAACUGAUACUAUGACUACAAAAUUCACAUGUGCUGGAGUUUUUAGGAAGAAUACUCUGAAUUUGAGGAAAAUGUUCAUUGUCGGAUCCUUUCUGCAAAUUAACGGAGUUAAAAUUUCGACCCUGGAUUUGAAUUUUAGCUGUUUUGCUUUAGACAGGUUGCUUAUUCUUUCCUAUUAUUUUCUUCGGCUGCAUAAUGAGGAUAAUACCUGUGUGAGGGUUAAACAGACCAUAGGUAGACUGACACAGUGGUUGGCACAGGGUAGAAGUGAGGUACUUGAGUUCCCAGUUCUUUGAAGAUAAGCUGCACAUUUCUGUACCUAGUGCUUUAGUUAAAAUAGUUUGGAUCCUUAAUAUAUAAUUCUGUGAGGUAGGCUAAAGUUCUCUCUACACCCUUGUUUAUGUAUGAAUUUACUCAGCAAACUUUCCCAGAGCCAAGGUAACCUUCAGGGCAGCCAAGUCCAAACAGGCCUGGAGCAAUGUCACUGUUUUUCCUCCAUUGCAGCCAUGAGCUUGAGCUGGUUACAGGGAAUAGCUCACUGUAUCUCCUGGACUGUGGGAAGACAAACAGGAGUGAAGGGGCCCAGCCCUCACUACAGAAUAUUCUCCCAAUUGUACCAUUUCUGACUGAAACUUAUGGAUUCCCACAUGGAUACAUUAUUGCCCAACUCCUCAUUGCAUACAUGAACAGACAGAGGUUCUUUGUAGAUGCAGUUGAAGGGGGAUAUAAGAGAGUAUUGGCAAGGGCUUGGGCUUAGAACAGGGUGGUUCACUUCAUGUUAGGAUUCUGCCUCCAGCGUCAGAUCAAACUAGUCACCUUUUGGCAAGUAACAAAUUCUUGGAUUCUUUCUUUAAAAGGGGAUAAGAUAAUUUAUUUUCUAUUAUGUAAAUUAAAAGGACAUAAUGGUGCUAAAUUGGAUUGAAAUAGGAUGGUCAUUUUCCUAUAUAUGAUUACACCUGUCUGAAUCUGUGAAAAAGGAGACAACAGAGGAAUCAAAGGGAUGUAUCCAUAUGGUUCUCCUAUGGUCAACUCAGGGAGCUUUUCCAAAGUGUCCAGGGGGUUAUGGCUUGAGUGUGUCCAGAAACACAUAGUCAGGUAACUCCAAGCUGAUUUGCUAAGAGCCAACUCACUUCCCAAAGGACUGAGGUUUCUGAGAUUUUCCUAUAACCCUCUCCUCUGCCCAGCCCCAACUCCUAAUGGAAACAAAGGGCUGCAGACUGCUUUAAGCAGUCAAAAUCUCCCCUGAUGGUCCCAGGGCUGGGCUGGAGCUGAGGAAGAACAGAAGCAGGUGCUCUGAGGGAAAGCAUACCUGGGCACACAGAAAACAUCAUGCAGCAGGGAUAUGAGGCCUGAGGGGCAAUGUUCAUGUGGGUUGAGUUUGUCAUUUGGUCUUGAUUUUUGAUGACCUGACUUGUUUUCACAUAUGUACUUUUGAGAAGGUAACAGGAAAUAAAGAAUUGCUAUUAUAAAAUUGAAGGGUGUUAGAAUUGAAUUAGAAUCUGAAGUUGUUCUUUUCACUGGAAAAGAGUUCUCAAAGUGUUUGUGGCAGGGAUUGUGAGGAGAUGCCAGACUGAUGUAUGAUCAUGUCUCUGUAAAGUAAUCCCCUCAUGAUCUGGGGUACUUCCCUGAGGCCUCUGACCCCUUGGGUUGAGGAGAAUCCUUGGAUAGUGAAGUGUAAGGAAGAUUCCCCAGGGACUCCACUCUGGGAAGCAGAGGUGGGUACAGAGGGAAGAACUCAGCCCUGAGAGGUGGGGAUUCAGAGUUCAGUGAGUGUGGACAGGGAGGCCUCUAAUAGAGCUGUGUGAGUAGGCAGGGCCUUCUCCUUGUUGGUGCUGAAGCAGACAUGAGCUUAAAAAUAGGAGAGAUCACAUGAGUGUGUUUCUUCUGAAGAAGAUAGAAAGGAACCCACUUUCUGGCAUAUGGAAUGCCCAGCCUGGAGGGGAAAUAGGUUUCUCAGUGUGUGGUUAUGGCCAAGAGGGGGAUUACUGUUCAUCAUGGGAAGGGAAAAGGGGGUGGGGUGGAGAGGGUGACACCCUCUUAUGCCAAAAGAAUUCUCGGCUGCUCAUGUGAGGCUCACACCACUACCUGGACAAAUGAAGGGUCAUUCUGGGUCUUAUGAAACUCUCCCCAAAGGUCUGUUGGGGCAGCCUUUGAGAAUAAGCUCACAGGGGAGGGGAUUACAGAGGCCGUGCUUGGAUUGGAGAUUGCAGCUCCACAAGGAUUUAUCAUCUCACUGUUGGCAGUUGGAUUCCUCCAUCUUUCACACAGCAUCCAUUCAGUCCUUUCCCCCAAGAACUGCAAGGAUAGAGAUGUGUGCCUACUAACCAGUGGUCUGCUUGUGAUAUAAGGGCACCUUGUGUUUCCUUGAGUUCCACCUUCCUUCCCAGAAGGUGCUGUUUAUACUAGCAGCCCCACCCAGCCACAGUUCCCGAGGAUCUCCUAAUUGUACUUAGCCUUCGCAUUGGGUCUUGUCGCCAAUUCACGUUUGUGAGAGCCACUGCCUUCAAAACUACAGUGAGGUGUCCACUCAUUGCCACCUGAAACCUCCCGUUGGUGGAGUCCAGUUACUGGCUUCCUGAGCCAUCUGUCAAAACAGUUGAAACUUGGCAGAAUUAAAGCUGUCCCUUUUUGGAUGAUACUCCCAAUUCUUGUUCCUGUGUUAUUAGUAGCUUUCCAAGCAAACAGUACCUCCCUGAUCUGACCUGUAUAUCCACAUAUUGUCCAGUCCUACACCUCUUCCCUAGUCAGGAAUCCCCAGCUGUCCUAAUUUUCCAUUGCUAAUGCUCCCCACUCACUGCUGACACUAUAGCCACUGCAGGGCUCUUAGCUAAUCAGCCUCAGGCCUCACCUCCAGGUGGUUCAGUGCCCUCUCUUCCCUCUACAGGCUUCUGCAGGCUGGUCCUUAGUCUCAGAACUGAAUACAGAAAGGAUCUAAGGUGAUCGUAGCACUUAUGGGUUUCUUCCCAGCCUUAGGUCAUCAGACUGUUCUUGCUUCAUUACAAAUUAUUGAAGCUCCAGGAAGAUUUGCCUAACAAGAAACAGCACAUUUCCUUGUACAAUGAAAGUCCUUCCAAGUCAGCAGGGCAGGUAGCAUAGAAGAGGAGUGUAAGGUUUGCCGGACAUGGGUUCUGGCCCUGGCUGUCAUCCUGUGUCCUCAGGCUAAUCACCUGUCCAUAGAGCUUCAGUUUCUUUAAAUGGAAAGUGUGGAGUUAGCUUAUUAGUCUGACAGGAGUUAGAAUGUUAAUCUAUGUGUACUGGCUGGCAGAGAACUAGGUCCAGAUAUGCACCCUCCACCCCAUCAUAGCCACAUGUCAUCUCUCCCUUUUUCGUGAAGUCCCUUAUUGCUGAAUUCUGAACAGGACAUGCAUUUCCCAGCACUAAAGCCUCAGCUCCUUUGUUUGGCACCCCCUUUAUGUUCUCAUUCUCUAGUGCAAUAUUUGGUGAGGAAUAUACAAAAUGAAUGAAUGGAUGGAUGUGCUUUUACUAUGGAUUCAAACAUGACUAUUUCAUAAUUGAAUUUUAUAUUUGAAGGAUAUUAAAAUAACAUCCCCAAAGACAACUCCCAGAGAGAAAGGAGGACAUUGUGGCCUGGGAGGAGAGAGGGGGAGGUGAACGCAAAUAUUCAUCCCUUCCCAUUGACGAUGAGUCCUGAAGGAAGGAGGUGAAUAUUGAACACUGGGCCCUGAACUCUCACCCUUUCCCAUUGCUGAUGAGUCCUGGAAGGAGAAAACCAAAUAGUGAAGCUCUGGGUAACAAUGGAUCCCAAAGGAAGAAGAUAAGCAAUGAGCUUCAUGCUCUGGGCUUUUAUUCUUUCCCAGUAACAUUGAGUCCUGAAGGGAAGGCAAACAAAUGAACUCUGGGCUCUAAAUUUUUACCCCAGGGACAAUAAAUUUCAAGCUUUAUAGUUGUUUUCCUGAGUUAAAUUUUUAAUCUGCACAACUAUUCCUGACUGCCUAAUUGCAUGUCUGCAGUCUCUAAUGAUUAAGUUACACUGUUUAGUGUAACUAAAUCUGCUAAGAUUAACUCUCAGUGUAACCCAUGAAAACCCAGACCCCUUCUGUAACCAGGGGCCAUUUUCUACCCAGAAAGUGAGCCCCUCUGAUGUCUGACUCUGCUGAUGAAUAAAAGGCAUUGCUGAUCCAUGAA